AUGAGGCCCAUUUCUUCAAACAUCUGCACACCAACCGAAAAAAUGGCAGCGUGGUUGGUAGAAGAAAUGCGGAAAUAUCCAGUUAAGCACGGCAAAAGUGUCCUCAACUCGGUUGACCUAGUGGAAAAUUUGAAGGAUUUCAAAGUGCGUCGAGGAGAGAUUUUAGUCUCGUUUGAUGUCUCCGCACUUUUUCCCAGCGUCCCCAUUUCUGACGCCUUACGCAGCCUUCGCAGACACCUGGAGCGACGCCGCGCACCCCCAAACCAAAUAGCAGCGUACGUCACCAUAGACGAGGUUUGUAUGAAUCAGAAUUACUUCUUGUUUCGGGGUAAAUUCUACAAGCAAACCUUCGGCCUCAGCAUGGGAAGUAAAUUAUCCCCCCUACUGGCUGAACUCUUCAUGAGUGACUUCGAAACAGAUCUCGAAAAACGGAAGAAACUUUUCCCUCGUGUUUGGUGGCGUUAUGUUGAUGAUAUCUUCGCCACCGUAAAGGAACGGUAUCUCCCGCAAACGCUUGAGGUUUUGAACAACCAGCAUAGUUCGAUUAAAUUUACCGUCGAAAAAGAAGUUGAUGGGAAACUUCCAUUCCUCGACCUGUUAAUUUCUAGAAAAGAAGAUAACACGGUGAAAUUUGGAAUUUACCGUAAACCCACGUCAACAGAUCGCUAUAUUACGGUUGAUUCAAACCAUUUUGGAGCGCAAAAGCAAGCUGCCUUUCAUUCGAUGGCCCACCGUCUAUACAACAUACCGAUGGAGAGCCAUGAAUUCGAACUAGAAAAGCAAAAAAUCUUGCAGGCUGGUGAAUUAAACGGAUACGAUCAAGAAUUCGUCAGCAAAAUCCUCCGAAAACACGAAAGAAAAAAGCUCCGUAGCAACGCAACCACAUUCAAACCAGAAAGAGAUGAAUCCCAAAGAGUCAGCCUGCCGUACCACCCACCACUGACAAAUAGUAUCUGUAAGAUUCUCUCUAAACAUGGUCUGAAAGUGGCUUACAAAAGUUCAAACACUUUGAAAGAUCGACUGGUUUCUCUAAAAGACAAAGUGCUACCGGAAGAGAGAUCUGGAAUUUAUGAGAUUCCAUGUUAA